CUGAUUAUGAAGUGAACAUGUUGUUGCCUCAGAAUCCGAAUGUUGGAAAUAUACAAGAACAAAAUAAUGUAGUACGGGUCAAGAAUGAACCUAGUUAUUCGCAGAAUGAAUCAAUUGACAACGCGUCUGUUGCAUCAUCCAACAACAUGGAUCUGAAUCCACAUCAGUUCAAUGGAACACCGUCGAAUGUUAUUCAUCAGCCGUAUCUAUUACCAAAUCCAGACAAUACAUUAGAUGCUCAUAGCCCUAUUGUUGGGAACCAAGGUGAUAACAGAAGUCCACACAAUCCAUUGACAAAUUCUCAGAAUUCUGGACCUGAAGAACAGCUGCAAUCGCAAAGGUCCAGCCACUUUUUGCCGUAUGAUCCAAAUAGUCAUAAUUAGUGCGCUUAUUCGAAUUGCAAACAAAGUCGUGUAGAUAUAGAUGUUAACUCAAUAGUU